AUGCACCUACUCGGUGAUAUUGUAGCGUCGAAUUCGCUAAGCAGCAACGCGAGCAAAGACAAUGAACCGUGCCUCAUCACCUUGUGUAUAUAUUGCCCCACUCUUUCAGGUGGGAAGGAGGAGCGGGCCAUUGAUAACGUCAUCUUUUUUUACCCCGCACGAACUCAUCCCGACCAGCAGAUGAACCAAGUAGGUUUCUGCAUCGGCAUGACGUGCUUAAUGGAGCGCUUCAUCCCCUUGUCUUCACGGGCGAAAUCACCAGUGGAGGAAAUACGCCUCAGCCAUUCCAUCAUUACUCUUUGCAACCCGUUUGCAGAUCUUUGGAUUGCUGUUGAAACUACUCCUGCUUAUAACGCUUCUGUGGUGCUGCCGCUCGUACAUCUAGGGUUUGAUGCCUUCGUUCUGCGAUAUGGCAUGGGGAGUGUUUCUGCGCUAGUGAACAAUCCCCGGGAAGUGGCCUCGGGUGAGGAUUGCGGUGUGGCGCGUGCCGCGUUACGAACCCACUUUGAGAAGUUUGCUACGCUACUGCAAACGUCUGUGCUAGUUGUUGAUCCUGAUGCUAAUCACCACACUGUCCCGAAAUCUGGUGACCUGCAACCGCCGUCACAAGCAGAGUCAAGACGUUCUUCCCUUUCUUCGUCAAUAAUUUCAAUCGAUGCGAUGGGUAGCUCUAGAAGCACCUUGCAUAAUGUACAGCGUUGGAAGCGUCACCUGAUGACGUUAGCAGCAACGGGGGGUCUGCUGACUUUUCCCGCUGUAAUGCGUGCAACUCCGUCAGAUGUCCAAUUCAUGUGUCACAGCAUAGUGUUACGCCAUCUUUCGUUCUUAUCUUCGAGUAUAAAGAGGAGGCACACCUCUUGUUGGGGAAAAGAAUGCCACGGUAUUCCAAAUCACACCGACUCUGAGCCAGCUGUAGAAGGUGCGGAGGAGCGCUUGCUGUGGACUAGCUGCCGUUAUGCUGUGUUCAUUGGCAAAACGUUGAAAGUAGUUGUAUCAAACGCCCCUCAGGACAUGAUCUCUCAGCUCAUAUGUCUUUUUCUUAUGGAUCCCGAACUGCCAAGCUUCACCAUAUUUGUGGGAGAGGUCCCAUUUUAUUGUUGUGUGUAUCGCGCUGAGAGCCUGUUGACUGUUGUAGUUUGUGACGAAGGCCUUUACGACACAAUGUACACACCCCUCCUGAGUGCGUGUAAAAAGCUUACGGAUUGCGUGGCAGAUUGCCUAAGCAGCGGCGUGUGCGCCCCCAGCCGUGCGCCUGGGUCCAACGAUGGUGGAGAUGCACACCGAGUUAAGGGACAUCAAAACACCCUCUCCCCCGCUGCCGGUCACAGCUCGUCUAACGCAACACCGUGCUUUGUUGAUCCUUUAUCUGGGGCUGGGAAGUUGCCCAAUACAAAGUCAACCUUUCAGUUCACUGUGUGGUGUGACGGGGUGUUGGUCGGCUCAUCACUGCAGGAUUACUUUCGGAGUGUACAGUUCUCCCUGUCAGCCCCCAUGCGAAAAUUCAUCAAAUGUGUUCGCGCUGAACGUAGAGGCUCUCAUGAUUUUGGGGAGCACCGGGCAAUCGAGUGCGCUGGUGCCCGUACCUCCGCUGACACUAAUGGAGUAACUUCCGACACGAGUAUAACAUUGCGCGGAGCAAAUGAGCUGUGGGUGUUGCUCCCGAGCUACACAUGGUUGUGCGUGACAAGGGCCAGGAAUCAUGUGGGUGGUGUAGUGUUCUACAAUGCCCCUCCUUUAUCAAGUUGCUUCAAGGCUGUGGAGACAAUAUACGAAAAUGUCUCGGUUACACUGUAG